GUGUGGGGCGUUGUCUUGUUUUACUCUUUGUUUUCCAAUACCAGAACCAUAAACUCUUUAUCACCUCUUAAAAGUUAAUAUUCUUUAUCGCUGGCUUGAUAUACAUUACACAUGAGCUAGAAUCCUGAUAUCAGGAGAUAUGUGUUAACUGUUUAAAUUGAUCAUCCAUUUCUUGGAAUUCAGGCCCAGUGCCUGGAGGGUGGAAACAAGUCGUUAUUAUUGUCAGUGUAGUUACGGUCUUAGAACCAUCCGCCUUCUUCCCGUGUUACCUGAAGGAAACCUGAUGCUCUGUUUGCUUUGGUUCUUCCAUUAGUAACCACUGAAAAAAGUUGAGAGGUAACAUACCAAUCUGGAACAGGCUGGUUCUUGGUUAAAAGACUAUACAGUGCUGUUUAUGUAACUGAGUACAAGACACAUUGCUGUGCUCAACAAUUGCAGAUACAGUGCGCCUCGCCUUCUGCUGUCUCUGGCACUCUGCUGUCAUCUAGAAUGUAUUGAUUUGCUUUUCUAUUUCCAUUGACAUUAUGAAAACCCUUGGAUUUCUGUUUUGUUUUGUGUUCUGACCUAAUAGACCAAAGCCUCACUGUUUCAAUUGUGGUUCUGAAGAGCAUCAGAUGAAGGAGUGUCCAAUGCCUCGGAAUGCUGCUCGGAUAAGUGAGAAGAGAAAAGAGUACAUGGAUGCCUGUGGUGAGGCAAACAGUCAGAGUUUUCAGCAGCGAUACCAUGCAGAAGAAGUAGAGGAGAGAUUUGGACGAUUCAAGCCAGGAGUUAUCAGUGAGGAACUUCAGGAUGCACUGGGUGUGACGGACAAGAGUCUUCCCCCCUUCAUCUACCGGAUGCGCCAGCUGGGCUACCCUCCAGGCUGGCUCAAGGAGGCUGAACUGGAGAACUCAGGGCUCGCACUCUAUGAUGGAAAUGAUGAUGCUGAUGGGGAAACAGAAACUGGAGAGAUACAAAAUAAAAAUGUCACUUAUGAUCUCUCAAAAUUGGUAAACUAUCCAGGUUUUAAUAUAUCUACUCCCAGAGGUAUUCCAGAUGAGUGGAGAAUGUUUGGUUCCAUACCAAUGCAGGCAUGUCAACAGAAGGAUGUGUUCGCCAGUUACCUUACUUCUAACAUCCAGUCGCCAAGCAUGAAGUCUGGCAGCAAGCGGUCUUCGUCUCAGUCCAGCCCUAACAGUCCAAAGAAGCAGAGGAAGGAAGGGAGCGCAGCAGCAUCCCCUGCUGACAUGGAGCUUGACUCAGAUGUGGAGGUUCCACCUGGUUCUCAGAGCAGCAAAGCCUUUCAGUUUCAACCACCCUUGCCUCCUGGCACACCUCCUCCACUGCCACAGGGAACACCUCCACCUCUCUUCACUCCUCCACUCCCGAAGGGCACCCCACCACUGACUCCCAGUGACUCACCCCAGCCCCGACCCACGGCUGCAGCCAUGGACGAGGACGCCCUGACACUGGAGGAGCUGGAAGAACAGCAGAGGCAGAUCUGGGCAGCUCUCCAGCAGGCCGAGGGAGGCAACAGCGACUCUGAUGUGCCUGUGGACACACCUUUAACUGGGAAUUCAGUAGCCUCCUCCCCUUGUCCAAAUGAGUUUGACCUCUCUGUCCCAGAAGGAAAGGCCCUGGAAAAGCCAGUGCUGGCUGAGCCCCAGGGCCCAACCACUUCCGCAGAGACAACGGGGCCUGAGUCUCCCUCCAGCCCAGCAGCAGGGGCAGCAGUGUUCUCUCAGAAAGAAGAGGAGGAAGCUGCAGAGGGGGACCCCGAAGAGGCUCUUGUUGACAAUGGCAGGGUGUCGAACUGUGACAUGAGGAAUGGAGGCAGCCAGAAGCUCCUUCAUCAGGACACCCGGCCCUCAACAGCCUCCAAAAUCCACAGCCUGGUACCUGACAUGAGCAAGUUUGCCACUGGAAUAACACCCUUCGAAUUUGAGAACAUGGCUGAGUCCACUGGGAUGUACCUCAGGAUAAGAAACCUGUUAAAGAAUUCGCCCCGAAAUCUGCAGAAAAACAAAAAGGCUUCUGAGUGAACGCGUGAGCAGCGCCGGCCGCACGAUGAUCUGUAGCUCUGCGUUGUUCUAGCGGACUUAGAUGGCAGGCGAAGUCGCUUCCCCCUUGUCCUCCCCACCUUUCAGAAUCUGCCCACAGUUUGUGAUCUCAGCUCCAGCCUGUUUGACAAAAUGAAAGACUGGGCGUGUGAGUUUGCGCUUUUUCCUCACUGACGACAAUGGCCAAGGAGGUGUGUGCAUGAGCUGGUUCAGAUGUGGUUGGUUCGGGUUAUACUAUUUUUGGAUUGUGAGUAUCUGUCAAGAGUGAAGGUUUUUUUGUUUUUUUGUUGUUUUUAAAUGUCUUUUGUAAAUUGUUUUCCCUUUCUACAUUUUGCUAUUCUGUAUAUAUAAGCUUAAUAUAUCACUUUUUAAAAGAAAUCUAACAAUUUUAAAUUCACAUUUCAAUUCCAACAACCAAAUGAGAAAAAUCAGGGAUGAGCAGCUUUAUCCUGCUUGGGGUAUUUUUGUAAGAUUUUCAUGCAUGAAUUUUAAUAUCACUCUUACUUUUUGUAAUUUAAUUAUUCAAAUCCAAUAAAGGUGUGCUUACCUUUGUGUA